CACACCACAUCAGACUGACGUUUGCUGUCGAAAGAGUGUGUCGUGUGGCUGACCGCGCUCCCCAACUCAGUUUCCCGCGUCUUGUUUUAUUCUCAUACUACGCACUAUUUAUUUCUUUAAAAAUAACUCUCACCGUGCUAAUUUGUGUUCCAAAUUGUGCAUAGACUAACAGUGUUUAUCACGGAAAUACUGAGAACGCCAUGAGGCGGUAGAACCAAGACAAAAAUAGUCAGUUGCCUACAAGUCACAGAGUAGAAAAGUCAGAAUAUCGAAAUGGGGAGGCUGCAAAAAUGCUGUUGCUGUGCCUCUACAAAAACUGGCACACUGAUCACUGCGGUAUUAGGCAUCAUUCUGUCCAUCAUCACAAUAGUCCUCGUGUGGGUGGUGAACAGACAUGAAAUAUCCUUCAGAACCUUCAUAUUUGCUGAGGAGUUUGAUAAAAAGCUGGCAGCGUUAGACAUUCCGAGAAUAAUCCUGACAAUCAAUUUGUGCUUCACAAUUUUGAUUUGUUUCCUGCUUAUCGUCGCAGUACAUAAGCGACGGUCAUGGCUGAUGCUGCCGUGGGUGGUGUUGGGUAUCGUGCUGGCGAUUGGUCUUCUCAUCAGUGUUCUGCAUACCGCCAUCACGUACUACUUGGACGACCAGGACCACGUUAUCCUCGCCACUUGCAUACUCGUCGGCGGCCUCUUCUACUUGUGUCUGUACCUGUAUUUAUGGGCGGUUGUCUUCAGUCACUACCUGGACGUACGUGAUGAGGAAGAACGUGGCAGAUACACCAAAGCUCCCUACAAGCGAUAGGAGCUCAUCUAAUAUGUUUCAACUGAUUUGAUUUGUACAUUUUUAUUUAACUGUACAAAUCUGAUAUUAUUAAUUUCUGCUGCCGAAACAUGUGUAGAAAAAAACAUUUUCUUAUACAUUCUGAAAACAGAGACAAACAGCAUUAUUUCAUACAUAUGAUCCGGCAGUGAAAAUAGAUGUAAUUGUUUCUUUGACGACUGAUCUAGCAAUAUAGUCACUCUACAGAGACUUAAACAACGAUAUAAAGUAACAAAAAGGAAUAAGUACCUGUAUUAGGUAUUCAGGUAAACAAUAUCCACAAUCAUUUGCUGUACAACUUUUUUUCACAUAUCAACGAAAUAUAGUAAUAAGUAAAAAUACUUAAACUUUUGAGGAAGAUACAAAAGAUCUGAAUAAUUUUCUGAAAGAUUGACAAACAAAUCGUACAUUUUUUAUAUGUGCCAUUGUUGUUGUUUUUAGGUUAUAAAGCACAAAUUUAACAUUAAUAUGUAAUAAGAUGUUUUUACUAUUUCAUUGUACAAAUUACAUUUAAAAACAUUAAUGUGGAAAUUAAGCAUUUAUUUUUAAUCUAAACAAUGUUCUUGAUGAUCAUUUGUUUUGAACAAUAGCAGUAAAGUGUCAUGUAUAAAGUUAGAGACCCUACAAAUGUAUUUACUUUUAUACAUGUUAUGUAACAAAGAAAAGUUACCAUAUGUAGUUUUUAAUGAGAUAAUUGUUCGAUGUUCUAGAAUAAGUCAUUAACUUAUUUUUGUAACUUUCUUUUGGCGACUUUUAUUAUAUCAAUAAAUGUUUUAAUUAUACGUAUCACUCUA